CGCCUGGCCUGGGAGGACGGCCGGCAGCACUUUCGCUUAGACCGCGGCACCGGCCGCCUCGUCGUGGCCGAGAGGCUGGACCGGGAGCAGCUGUGCGGGCAGUCCGGGACGUGCACGCUCCCCUUCGAGCUCCUGCUGGCAAACCCCCUGCAGUUCUUUCGGGUCGAGGUGGCCGUGGAGGACAUCAAUGACCAUUCGCCCGUUUUCCCCGAGCAACAGGUCACUUUCAAGAUCCCGGAAAGGAGUGACCCGGGCUCGCGUUUCCCGCUGGAGGGGGCUCAGGACCUGGAUAUUGGCAGCAACAGCAUCCAGGCUUACAGCAUUGCUCCCGAGAACGAGUACUUUAGUGUCUCCUUUGGGAGUCGGAGGAAGGGCACGAAGUAUGUAGAACUGGUCUUCGCAAAGCCGCUAGACCGAGUCUUCACACAGGAGCGGUACAUUGGCCAGGUAUUGGAAAAUGCUCCGGAGGGCUCUGUGGUUGUCAAGGUGGUGGCAUCCGAUCUGGAUGCGGGACCUAACGGGGCCAUCUCCUACCAAUUCAGCCAAGCGGUGGGCCAGAGCCCCUCGGCAUUUGUCAUUGACCCUGUGAGCGGUGAAAUUAAACUCACAAAGCCUCUGGACUUUGAGGUGGCAGAGAAUCACGAGCUCAGCGUGCGGGCCACGGAUGGCGGGGGCCUCUCGGCAAUCUGCAAGGUGUUGGUGGAGGUGGUGGAUGUGAAUGACAAUGCGCCGGAGCUGGCGGUCAGUUCUUUCAGCAGCCCCCUCCCCGAGAGCGCAUCACCGGGGACGGUGGUCGCCCUCUUUACUGUCAGGGACCGGGAUGCUGGUGCCAACGGGAAGAUCACCUGUGCCCUGGAAGACCAGCUGUCGUUCUCCCUGCGACCAGCCUACAAGAAUUACUAUGAGCUGGUGACCGUGAGCGCGCUGGACCGGGAGGAGACGGCGCGGUACAUCCUCACUGUCACAGCAGCAGACGCGGGGUCGCCUCCUCUCACGACCACCCAGACCUUCACGGUGGACAUCUCCGAUGUGAACGACAACGCGCCUGUCUUCAACCAGACUUCGUACACCAUGUACGUGCGUGAGAACAACGUGCCCACGGUGCUCGUUGGAGCCGUCAGCGCCUCGGAUGCCGACGUGGGGCCCAAUGCCAAGGUGACCUAUUCCCUGGCCCCAGCGCACCCCGCAGAGCGGCCUCCCUGCUCCUGUAUCUCUGUGAACUCUGAGAACGGGCACGUGUUUGUGCUGCGGCCCCUGGACUACGAGCACGUGAGGCAGAUCGAGGUCUCAGUGAGCGCCUGUGACGCGGGGUCGCCUCGCCUUAGCGCCAACGUCACCGUCCGCCUUGUCGUGGUGGACGAGAAUGACAAUGCGCCACUGGUGCUGCACCCCGCCCAGGACAGCAGCCCACCGUCCAGCGAGCUGGUGCCCGUUUCGGCUGAGGCGGGGUACCUCGUCACCAAAGUGGUGGCUGUUGAUGCCGACUCGGGGCAGAACUCGUGGCUCUCGUACCACUUGCUGAAGGCCACCGACCCCGGGCUGUUUGCGGUGGGUGCCCAAAGCGGGGAGGUGCGUCUGAGGAGGCCAGUGACAGAGAGAGACACCGUGAAGCAGAAGCUCGUCGUCCUGGUGCGAGACAACGGGCGGCCACCGCUGUCAGCCACCGCGGCACUGAGCGCGCUCCUGCUCAGUGACUUCUCGGAGGUGCGCCUACCGCCCAGCAGCCUGGCCACGGAGGACGAGGGCAGCUCCCUGACCACCUAUUUAAUCAUUUCAUUGGUCUUUGUCUCACUCCUCUUCCUCGCGUCCAUGGUCGCCUUCGUCGCUCAUAAGGUGUGCAAGAGAAAGGAGCUGAAGGGUGGGCACGUGCUUUACGGCACCGGCAACUUGCAGAGCAGCCUGUCCGAGGCGGCCAAUGCGGGGACCCUGCCCCACGCCUAUUGCUACGAGAUCAGCCUCACAACAGGCUCGGGCAACAGCGAGUUCAAGUUCCUCAAGCCCAUCCUCCCCAGCCUGCCACCUCAGCACUGUGCCAGGGGCGGGGGCACCGAGGAUGAACAGGAUUUGCCCCGGGGCCCUAUCACCAUGGAGGACGUGGCACCAGACAACCCAGGGACGCUCUCUGCCGAACCGUUCAACAGUCUUUCCUUUACCUAG